AUGUCUUCCGAUUCCAAACCUGCCCAGCAGGAUGGCAACAAUUCCGAAAAAUGGCCCCAGGACGAAAAAUCGACUCACAACAACGAACAUGGCCCACGUCAAAGACAUCAGUCACUCGGCUCAUCCGACAGUGAAAGCCUAUACGAAAUCCGACCCGUUCGCAGCGAACGACAGGUCCAUCCAGAACUCAGGGGUACCGGAGACGGAAUGUUGACGCCCCAAAUUUCUCGAAUAUCGCAUAACUCUCUGGCACGCAGAGUCACCACACGCGGCACAACGGGGACAACCGAUCCGAACUUUGAGGUGGAUUGGGAUGAUGAGAAUGAUCCCCAGAAUCCGUGGAAUUGGUCAUUGCCUUAUACGGCCAUGUGCAUUGGGUUUUUGUCGUAUAAUACUUUAGUGAUUGUCUUGUUCUCCACCAGUUACACCUCCGGCACGGCGCAGAUCGCCAAAGAGUUUGGCGUCUCCGAAACGAUCGUCACAUUGGGCUUGACAUUCUACCUUCUGGGUCUGGCUUUGGGCUCCGUCGUCAUGGCUCCGCUCAGUGAAAUAUACGGCAGAAAACCAGUAACAAUGGCGAGUAUGAUCGUCUUCAACCUCAUGAUUAUUCCAGUUGCUGUGGCCAAGUCUAUGCCCAUCAUCAUCGUCUUUCGAUUCAUCGGUGCGAUCGCCGGAAGUGUCAUGAUCAGUAGUGCCCCGGGUAUGGUGGCCGAUAUCAUCCCGCCCCAGAAGCGAGCUCUUGCAUUCUCUAUCUGGAGUAUAGGGCCCAUCAAUGGUCCAGUUGUCGGCCCUAUUCUCGGUGGUUUCGUGUCCCAAUACCUAGGUUGGCGAUGGACUUGCUGGAUCAGUCUCAUGCUCGGCGGUGUUGCCCUUGCAUUCUCUUGCAUCAUGAAAGAAACAUACGCCCCUGUCAUUUUGCGCAAGAAAGCCGCUCGUCUUCGAAAAGAAACGGACGAUACUCGAUGGUGGUGUCGCUAUGAUCACAAGGUGUCGCUGAAAGAGACCAUGAAGACUAAUCUGAGCCGUCCAUUCGUCAUGGCUGUGUUAGAGCCUAUUUGCAUCUUUUGGAAUCUGUAUAUCGGUGUCGUCUAUGGCAUCCUGUAUCUGUGCUUCACCUCGUAUCCAAUCGUGUUUGGUCAGAUCAGAGGCUGGAGUCUCGGUGUAUCUGGGCUGGCAUUCUCGGGCAUCGGUAUUGGAACGCUCAUCGUUAUCGCCUGUGAACCAUUCUUCCGUCGAAUGAUUCAAAGCCACAAGAAGGACCCCGAAACCGGCGAGGUAUAUCCCGAAGCCAUGGUAUCGGCGGUCUGUAUCGGCUCAAUCCUUAUCCCCGCCGGCCAGCUGUGGUUCUCUUGGACAGGCUCGCCCGCCUCGAUCCCAUGGCCUGCUCCAAUCGCUGCGGGUAUCUUCUUUGGCGCCGGCAACACUUGUGUCUUUAUUUAUUCUUCCAACUACAUGACUUUCAGUUAUGGUAUCUUUGCCGCAUCUGCGCUAGCGGGCAACUCUCUUAUCAGAAGUGUCCUCGGUGGUAUUAUGCCAUUGAUUGCGACAUACAUGUACGACAGUCUCGGCCCCAACUGGGCGGGCACAAUGCUCGGGUUAUUGGAGGUGGCCUGCAUCCCGAUUCCGUUCAUCUUUUGGAAAUAUGGAUAUAGGAUUCGUCAAAAGAGUAUUUUCAUCCGGUCGAUGCAGGAGGACCAGCGACGAUUGAAGGGCAAAAGAGAAGCCAGGGAUGCGAGAAACGCGACACUUGGAGACGCGCUCGAAGGAGAUGUUGAGCCCCAAGAUAUUGAAAAAGGCGGCGCUCGCAUCAAAAUGGAUGAAUAA